CCAAGCUGUAUCACAAUAAAGAUUUCUGUUCGGGAGUUAACUUGCCGGAUGGGUGCUCCUGCAGGCGCAUUCUCUGCAGCGCUUAGGAGGUCACAAGACUUGGACAUCAGUGAACAAAAACAUCGGCACGUUGACAGCUCGACUGCAAGCUUAUAGGCCCGCAGAUUCUCCAGUUCUCUGCAUCCAGCAUCCAACAAGUUGCUCCCUUUUGGAAAACUACUUCACUGCGCGCUGUUGCGCUCCUGUAUUCUUAGUGCGCCAAGAUCUUUUUUUAUUAUUAUUUUACAUGCAAUCGUAAAGCGCUUUUUCGUCUUUCCUCCCUAUCAAACUUUAUCUCAAAAGGAUCGCUGACUUUUUAUGGGCUCGAAUCAAUUGCAGAUGAAACUUUUCUUGUCGUGCGUAAAGGUGCGGGGCACGCCAAAGUGAACAUGUGCCUUUGGGACAGAAGAGGGAAAAAAUACUCCGAAGAUGUCAACAUUGCUUCACCACCCACUCGAAAUCGAUUGUAUUACAUUCAAGAAGGUGGCACUCGGUAUAAAUAGCUACGCAAUUUUUCAAGAAAGACGGCGUUGAGCACAAUCUGCAGGCUGUUCUUUCUCUCUCUUAUCGGAACCGCAGACAACGCCUGGAAGAAUUCCCUCAAGACAACUGUGUCCACUCUCCAGGACAUAAGCAUCUCUCUCCUCAACCGUUAAGCCAUGCAUGUGGAGAGGAAAUGGCACAUACUUUUGACCAUCUUCUUUUUGCUCAUCUCCUCGGGUCAGUGCAUGGACAGCAAACAGGUCAAGCAGAAUGAGAGAAGGACCUUGUUGGAUCUAAUUUUACAGGUUAUCAAGGAUAGCCAGCAACGGGACAAGCCCGUGUCUAGGCGCUGUGGCAGUGGACUCCACACCUCAGCACAAGACUUCAAGUCCUCUUCCCGGGAAAAGCCUUUGUAUGUCCCUAGGCUGGAUAACACUAGACUCAUAGAUAUAGUCCCGAGAGAUGCACACAUGAAGGACAAAUUCAUUGAGCAUUUUGGAGGUGAUUUCUCAGUUGCAAAGAUUACAAUAAAGCCCUCUGAAGUUGGCAUUCUGGCUGGGAAAGCAGGACAUGUCAAGUUCUCGUCGGAGUGCAAAACACACUUUCACAGACUAUACCACACCACAAGGGAUUGCUCAAGACCAGCAUAUUACAAAAGGUGUGCAAGAUUGCUAACACGAUUAGCAAUGAGUCCGCUCUGCAUGCAGUCAUAGGUUUCGUAUGUCGCCAUAUAACGGAAGAGGGAUCAAUGUGUUGCCAAGGAAGUGCCUUCCAACCCACAGCAGACAUGAGGAUGUUCUUUCUGUGUGUUUAUAGUGUCUAUAUUUUUGCUGUUGGUGUUGUCAUAACUCAAAAUGAUGGUCAUUGUUGGUUGUUUAUGAGUGGAAUGGACCAUGUAUUUGUAAGCGGAUAAUUUAAUAUCAAAUACAUCUAUUUAUUGAAAAGACAUAUAAGUAUAUGUAAUGAUUUCACAGUCACUGAAAAUCCGAUCAUUUUGGUUAUAAAAGUCAUAAGUGAUGGAAAGAAAAUGUAUUUGCUUUAUUUUCUAUAUAAAUUCCACUUUUGCUAAUUUUCUGACGUUAUAUUUCAUCUUUGUCUUCAUCACAUUUUAUUUGGCACUUGAGUGAUUGUUGACAAUAAGACCAUAUAAAAUAACAAUGGUGAGAACUCACUGCAUCACUAAAUAAAGAAUACUGAAGCACA